CCCCCUGGGUGGGUGGAGCCGUUUCUACCUGGACGCCGGAGAGUGAUUUAAAAAAAGAAAAUAAAUGGCGUUAUUAUAGUUGGACUUUAGAGUGCUCUCAUCGACGCAUAUUGACAAGCUCCUUUCUGCGUGAAACGUGUCGGUUUCGGUCAGCAGGUCGCGUCAUGAGCCAGCCGCCCCGUACAAACCGGGGACACCGGGAGAGAAACGGGGGCCGCCGACAGCAACGAGACUCUCGCGAUGACAGACGCUCAUCGCCCGACAGGUCUUCGUCUCGACCCCCAUACUACCCCAGAGAGGCCGACUCCCCUCCCCAACAUGCGCGGGAAGUCCCUCGAGUGGAGCCCCACGAGUCCAAAUGCACACACAUUUGCUCCAUGAGAGGCAUCGUGCUGAUCUGCUCGGUGCUGACCAACUCCUUGGUCCUGAUCUGCCUGGUUGCAGCUCAGAUGGUGUCAUCGGGAAUGUCCUCCGGGGGCGGUCUUGGCGGCUUCAACAUCAACUCCAACUUCAACCUGCAGGGCACCGAGCUGCAGAAAGUGCGAGAGCUGGACAUGCAGUACAGCCAGAUGAGGGCGCCGGGCCUCUACGGCGGCAUCCCCUUCAGCCUCACCUUCGGGAUCCUGUCACUGCUGUUUGUGGUCUCCGGGAACAAACCGCCCCACCGCAUGUCCCGGAAGCUUCUGUUCGGCGGGCUGGUGUUCCAGGCGGUGGGUGCAGUGGUGUACGUGGUGGCCGUGGGGCUUUACCUCCACUUCAUCAUCGGGAUCAACGCCACAGACGUGUGCAAGCAGCGCGAGAGGCUGUACGCCCGGAACGGCUACACCUGGAUGAGCUGCGACGUGGGCGGGGCCGACGCCGCCGUGGCCCUGUUCGGGCUCAUCACGGCCAUCCUGUACAUAGCCGGGACGGUGCUCACCUUCCAGACGAUCCGGAGGGUGAGGCGCUACCUGCAGGAGCGAAAACGCAGGGAGGCAGAAAAGCAGCAGGCCCGGGCCGGCCCACAGAGUGCCCCGCUGAGGGCUGAAACCAGCGCUGUGUGAGCGGUCACGGGAUGGACGCCUGACGAGUUCAGUGUGCUGCUACUGUGACCGAGAGUUCCUGGUAUCAUGAAGCUGGCUCGCUUUCUUUUUCUUUUUUAACCGGGUUAUAGAUCACCAUGGAAACCUACAGUACGCUGCGGGUUACCCAGUUAUGUUCGGAGCAUCAGAUCGCCCACUGACCAAUCCCGAGUCCUCAUUUCUACAAGUUCCUGAGGUGGACGAAGUACAAAGUUCACAAUAACGUCUUAUCUGGACAGACGCCAAUCAAGACGUCAAUAAAUCGGGGGCUGUAAAAUCUUGCCACAUCCAUAUCCAUAAUAAAGGCAAUAAGAACAGCCAACACCCCAAAACAUUCCCACAGCCGGCGUCGGGGCUCCGUAGGAUUCCAUCUUAAUUAUGUCAAAGAUAGAAGAAUCAUUUCUAGCCCAACCAUGUGUCCAGGUGAACUGAAAGCUUGUUUACUACCCUCACACUCUAAUGAAUAAUGCUUAUUGCUGCCUUUUCUUUCAUGCUUUAUCACUCUUAUUUAGGAUGACACAAGGUUGAGUAUUUAGGUGUUUUUUUUUAGAUUCAAUGAGAUAACCGGAAGUAAAAAGAGUGAACCGUCAGUCGUUCUGUAUCGGGACAAAAUCCGCACUGAAUUAUAAGUACAGCAUCUUGGUGCUUUGGUGCUGCGUAUCACUGUUUUUAAUUUUUAAUGUCAAAUCAAAUACUCCACUCGUGGUUCUGGUGAAGUUGCAUGUCAUUGGCUCCUAGUUGCCCGUGAAUGUGCUCGUUGGCUGGACCAGUCAAUAACCAGCUUCUUCCACUCAGAACGGCUUACUCGUGAUCCAGAUUCAAUCUGGGAGGAGGUUAUCGCCCGUGAGCUGUUUUUGCAUGUCGGAUGGCACUGUGCGAAUUACAGAAAUGUUUUUAACAUGUAUAAUGUGUUUUUUUUUGUUUUUUUAUAUCAAAGUUUGACUUUUAUAAUGCAACGUUUUUGAUACUGGAACCGUACAAGGAUGUCUCUACUCCAAAUUAAACCUCCA